CGGCGCGGGACGGUGCCGGCGGCGGGCGCCAUGGGGAGCCGCGGGCAGGCGAGUUACACACACACAAAAACACACACAAAUACACACAAACACACACAAACGCACGUACUCUGUCCGUGCUGGGAGAUUGCAGCUUUGUAGCUUUUGUCGAGCCAAAAACCAUAGACUUUCAGGACAAGAAAAUAAAAAACUAGGUAAAGGAAUGUAGCGGUUUGCGCGCAAAGGCCAUUGCGGGAAAAGAAAGCGAGAAGUGUGAUAAGCAGAGGGUAAAAUACAUCAGAAGCACGUGAGAGUAAGCUAGGGAAAAACAGGGACCUAAGAAUUAAUAAGCCCUUUCAUUACUGCUGUGUAAUUUCCUGUCGGUGCCUCUUUCGGAAGUGUCUUGAAGCCUAGUUUGGGGAGUACAGUCGACGGGUAUUGGCGGAGCUCUCUGUUAAUGCAGGUGGCUGUAGAGGUCAGAGGUGUCUGCAUUAAUACAUCCUGAUCAAGACCAUCUAGUUCAGCUUUUCACCAUUGCGGCUGGCGUCGUGAAAAGUUUCCAGGAGGGGUUUGGAGAAGUUGAACCAGAGAAUAUCCUUGGCUGGAAGAGAGCCACAAAAAUGAUGGAGUCCAGCCCCUGGUCUUGCACAGGACCAUCUCCAGGAGUCACACCAUGUACCUGAGGAAGUUGUGCAUAAGCCUCCUGAACUCUUGUCAGGCUGGUGCUGUGACCCCUGGCCUGGGGAGCCUGUUCAGUGCCCAGACACCUUUUGGUAAAGAACCUUCUCCUGAUAGCCAGCGUGAGUGUCCCCUGACACAACUUCAGGCCAUUCCCUUGAAUCCUGUCACUGGAUACCAGAGAGGGGAUUGGUGCCCCUCCUUCUCCUCUUGUGAAGAACCUAGAACAUGGACUUCUCUAUGGGUUUUGAAGCUUUUUAAGUUGUUACACAGAACACGGCAAGAAGUUUUUAAAAAUGAUACCAAAGCUCUCGAAGCUGCGAGACAAAAGAUAAAUGAAGAAUUCAGAAAUAACCGAGACGAGGCAUCUGAAGAGAAGAUUAAUGAGCUUCUUAAAAUCGCUUCAGAUGUUGAAGUGAUUCUCAGAACUUCUGUUAUUCAGGCGGUUCACACAGAUUCUGACAAAAUAGUACUCAUACCCAGGAAAGAUUUGCUACAGGACAACACUCCCUACUUAGAUAAACCAACAAAAAAGCAAGAAUCCUGAGGAAAUAUUGUUACCAGGAAAAAAGAGACUGAAAUCAACUCACUGAUUUUAUUGAGUGCUGGUAUAUCAUCAUGCACUUGUUCUGUGGAAGAUAGUAAUACUUUCACAGAACUUUAAAGUACACUCAUGAAUUGUGUUACUUCAGCCAGGAAUGUUUCUGAUUAUGACAGUUCUCAGACAGAGAUUGUUUCCCAGCAAUCCAGAGUUGUUCAAAGCUAUAUAAAAAUUAAAUUGAGUACUGAAUACUGAUAAUAUUUAUUUUUAAGUUUAUUGUCAAUCAUAAGCUUCUUUGAAGUAAUGAAAAAUCAUCUUGUGGCAUUUAAUGUUACAUAUAUGCUUUGUACCAACAGCAUGAUUUCUGAAGUUGUCAUUAAUUGUACACUAGUAUAUUGUGAUGCUUGAGAGCAUUCUUAAAUGUUUAUCUGAAUAAAUUAUUUGUGUUUUACAGA